AUGAAGCGCCAAAAGAUCAUGAUCUUCUCUACCCUCCCCAUUAUUGCCGGUGGGAUCGUCUAUACGGUCGGCUACGCGAGGAAGAUACCCGACCCCGGUUCCAGGGGCGCCAGCAUCAUCGCCACCAUCGGCGCGGCGCUGGUGCUGUACGGCCUGCUGAUGCGGCUCUUCAUCAUCCAGAGCACCAAGAGCAAGGGCUCCACGGGGCGUUUCCUCAAGCUGACCUCCAUCGACCUCUACGUGCUCGGCGCCGGCAUGUUCGUCUUGACCAACGCCGUCUACAUCGUCGGAACGAGGAGCUCGCUCAGGUACGGAGGCACGUUCGGUGUGAUCGCGGGCGGACUGUUCAGCGCGGCCUCGUUGUUGUUGGCCCUGGCCCUUCUCUACGACCUGUUCGCCCUGAGAAAGGGGGGCCUCCGGUCCCGGUUGAGGGCCGGUGAAGGCGAAUCAGCUUAG